UAUCAGUGCAGCGCAUCUGUGGGCGAGGAGACGGUGCUGGAGGCGGUUUUGGCAGUGGAUGAGGACCGCACGGAACUUCGCGCAGAAAAACUUCUCGUCUCACAAAAAAAUCAGUCAGAGGAAGUGGGUAGAAGACUUGCGACGGUAUAUGAGAGACUCGAAGAAAUCGACGCAGCAAAUGCAGAGUCGACUGCAGCUACGAUACUUAGGGGUUUGGGAUUCACAGAAGAAAUGCAGAAGGCGCAGGUCACCACCCUCUCCGGUGGCUGGCGCAUGCGCGUGUUACGCCGUUGUCUUUUUAGCGACGCAGAUGUUCUUCUUCUAGACGAACCAACGAAUCAUCUCGAUCUGGAAGCAGUGCAGUGGCUAACAAAUUAUCUUUCUAUUAGUAGUAGUCAUAUGAAUAGCAGCGCAGCAACAAUGCGAUGCGCGAAAGACAAUGUUGUUGUUGUAUCGCAUGCAAGGGAAUUUCUCAAUGAUGUGUGUACAGAUAUGAUACAAUUCGCAAAUCAGACGCUGACAUAUUAUCGUGGAAAUUACGAUGCCUUUGAGACCGUGAGAGCCACGCAACUUCUUCAGCAACAGCGUCAAGCAGACGCUCAGCAGCAAAAAAUUAAACACAUGCAAUCCUUCAUUGAUCGAUUCAGAUACAAUGCGAAAAGGGCAUCGCUAGUACAGAGUCGUAUUAAAUUACUGAAGAACCUUCCGCUGCUGGAGACGGUGGCUGCAGACCCGACACUUCACUUCAACUUCAAAGAGCCAGAGCGUCUUGCAGCUCCGUUAUUGCAAGCGGAAGACGUAUCAUUUAAAUAUGAAAAGAAACGUCAUCAAAAGAAGAAGAACAUAUUUGGUCUUGUGGUAGACGAAGAUGAACAAGAAGAAAGUGGUGCUCGAGACAGUGACGAGAAAAACGAAGCGGAGGAGGAGAGUCAAAUCAAUAUGUGUAUCCCAACAACACUGAGCUCCAUUAUAGACACUGCAGAAGAAAACAGGGAAGCAACACGUCUGCAGAGAGAAAUUGAAAAGCACGGAGAUAAACUCAUCGUCAAAGAUAUGAACUUCUCUGUUGAUAUGGACUCACGAAUUGCUCUCUGCGGAGUCAACGGGAGUGGCAAAAGCACGAUUCUGAAACUUCUCGUCGGUCACGAAACUCCAACUGCUGGUGUUAUACACACGAACGGAAAAUUACGAAUUGGCUUCUUCACACAGCAACAUGUCGAUCAACUAGAUCUUACGCUCAAUGCUGUCAGUUCUUUACAAGCCAGGUACCCAGAAGCAAAUUUGAAAGACGAACAAGCACGCCAGUGGCUCGGACAGUUCGGCAUUAGCGGCCUGUUGGCUUUGGAACCUCUGUAUAUUCUUUCUGGCGGCCAGAAAAGUCGUGUUGCCUUAGCACUCAUGGCUUUCAACAAUCCUCAUAUUCUUCUGCUGGAUGAACCAACUAAUCAUCUAGACUUGGACGCAGUGCAGGCUCUUAUGGCAGCUUUGAAUAAUUUCAGAGGAGGUGUAGUUAUUGUGAGUCACGAUAGUCACCUACUUUCAUGUGUCGUAGAAGAAAUUUAUUAUGUGGACGAGAAAAAUCAUACCCUCUGUAAAUUCAAAGGCGAUUUUCCGGAAUACAAAAAACAACUCCUCAAGUCACGCAAAG